AUGAAAACCAAAUUUGAUACAAUUAUAAAAAAUACAACAACAGAACGUAAUAACAGCACGUUUUUGCUGAAAGAAAAAUAUGAUUCCUUAAUAAGUGAAGUGAAACGUAUUAAAACAGGAAAAAAAGAAUCGCCACGUGAUUAUUGGUUAGUACAACGGUAUGAUGUGAUAGAAGUGCAAGGUAAUGAAAAACUUAUACGUCCAAUGAAAGAAAAUUCUGAUAUUAUAUUUUACGUCCAUGACGAAGAAUUAUAUGAUAUUUUACUUAACAUUCACCUAUCUAUUGGACAUGGUGGUAGAGACAGAAUGAUGUAUGAACUGAAAAAAAAAUAUAAAAAUAUUACUCAAUCAAACGUCAAAAUUUUUUUAAAUUUAUGUGAAUCAUGUGUAAAAAAACAAAAAAGUGAAAAAAAAGGUAUCGUGACAAAUCCUAUGAUUUUUUCUGAAUUAAAUAGUAGAUGUCAAUUAGAUCUUAUUGAUUAUCAAAGUCAAGCUGAUGGUGAAUAUAAAUUUGUGUUGGUGUAUCAAGAUCAUUUGACUAAAUUUUGUAUUUUAAAACCAUUAAAAUCGGAAAGAGCUGAAGAAGUAGCAUAUUGUCUCAUAGAUAUUUUUACGGUGUUCGGUGCUCCAAGUGUACUACAAAGUGACAACGGUCGUGAAUUCAGAAACCAAACAAUAGAUUCAUUAAAAGAAAUGUGGCCUGAAUUAUCUAUUAUUCAUGGCAAACCUCGCCACAGUCAGUCCCAAGGAUCAGUGGAGAGGGCAAAUCAAGAUAUAGAGAAUAUGAUAAUUACCUGGAUGAAGGACAACAACACAACAAAAUGGAGUGAAGGGCUAAGGUUUAUUCAAUUUAUGAAAAAUAAAGCUUUUCAUAGGGGGAUAGGACGAAGUCCUUAUGAAGCUAUGUUCGGAUGUUCCCCAAAAGUAGGAAUUUCUUCAAAUACUCCAGACAAUAUUUUGAAAGUUUUGAAUACAGACAAAAGGAAUACCGAGGAAGAAUUGUGUCAACUUUGCAUAAAUAAAGAAAAUAUUUCCAAUAAAAGAGAAGAAGCAAAAGAAUGCUUAGAACGUCAAGCUAAAAGAAUGAAACUACAAUCAGAUAUGUCUCAUCCACCUGCUCUUCAAGGAUGUAACGUACGAGUCAAAAUUCCAGAUGUUGACAGGUCAAAAUGUGAUCCACAAUCUAUAAUUGCAAUUGUAUUAGAAAAAACAACCGACGGAUUUUAUCGCUUAGGAACUAAAUACGGUAUACUAAAACAACUUUACGCGAGGUCACAAUUUAGUUUAUGCACAGAAAAGUUUAUUACGCUUAGUGACGUUCCAGAUGUAGAUAUUUGCCUUCGAAAAGCAUCCGAAUCCCAAUCACUUGGUAAUGGACAAGGGUUUUUUAAAUGUACAUGCCAACAAAAGUGCACCACAAAACGGUGCAUAUGUUUAAAAAAUAAUUUACUUUGUAAUUCUAAAUGCCACCCAAAAAGUUCCUGUACUAAUAAAUAA